AGGGUAUAAAAGGAAAGCGCAAAGAAGUAGGACUCAACUCAGUUGGGGGGACCCCAGGCGGAGAGGGCAAGCCAUCUGAGAUCGAGACAACAGGAGGCAAACUUGAGACUGAGGCAAGGCAGCUGGCGAUACAAACAAGACGAUCCAGGAAUAAGAGGGCAGGUCCAGUUCCUUCGGUGGGCUACUCUUUCCUCAGCAAUGGCAUCACAACUGGAAAGCGCAGUGGAAGGACUCAUUGCCGUCUUCCACAACUACUCGGGCAAGGAGGGUGACAAGUACAAGCUGAACAAAAAGGAGCUGAAGGAGCUACUGCAAACCGAGCUUGGUACUCUUCUGGAGAACCCGAAGGACACGAGCGCCGUAGACAACAUCAUGCAUGACCUGGAUGAGAACGGUGACGGAGAGGUGGACUUCCAGGAGUUUGUGGUCAUGGUGGCGGCCCUGACCGUGGCUUGCAAUGAAUUUUUCUGCGAGGACACCUGAGGAAUUCGAGGAAGGCCACCAGCAGGCCCGAUCUGGGAGUGGCUGAGUCACAGAGCCCCACAUGUACCCCGCCCUCUCCCACCCAGGCCCUCUGCUAGCCCUGCAGCUUUCCCCUCCAGUUCGGCGUAAAGCAAGUACCAUGUUAUCAACCGUUGUGACGGCAAUGCUUAUUAAAGCCACUCUGCCUGCA